UUUCUUUGAUAGGAGUUUCACCUUAACCUAAAAGGACAUUCUUUUGCGAUACGCCGAUACAUGUGUGGGACUGUGGAUUGGGUGCAGGAGACGUUUUGUAAGGGACCAGUUCGGCUCGACUCAGGCAUUCAGCCAGCUUCUUCCAUUUUUAGUCUUUACUACAGUCUACAGGCUAAACCCUUUAAACCCUAACCCCCAAAAUAAAAAAAUACGAAGUAAGUAAUAAAAUUAAAGACAGGGAAAGAAUUAAUGAACUCUACUCGAAUUUCAUUCAUUUCUUCAUCUCCAAGCUUCUACCAUUGCUAAGCAGCUUUAACUUAGUUAUGCGCCCAGAAUUCGUCGUCUCUUUGACUACCUCAAUUCACCAUUUUCCACUUUUCAAUCUCCUUUCUCCCUUAUUCCAAAUGUUCAGUACUCUCUAGAACUUACUAGAUAAACUACUUUUUUGAAUAAUAAUUUUUCUUGAAUUUCUGGUAGUUCAGUUCAAUUAUUCAUCUUCAAAAAUGAGGAAAAUCAAGCUAAUUGGGUUUGCCUCUAAAUCUCUAACCCGCAUUUUCAAUUCGCGUGGAUUCAAUUGCAAUUCAUUUGAAGGAAGUCAACAAGCAUUAUUAGCUCACAGAAGAAGAUUUUGCAGUAAUAGAUAUAUAACUGGGAUUAAUGGGAACCCAUUCAAAGAAACUGUAUAUACAGUUCCAUUGACAAAGCGCUAUUUUCAUGCCACAGGGUCUUUGCGGUUGAAUGAACGGAACUACUAUGAUAUAUUGGGGGUUCCGAAAGAUGCUGGUCGUGAUGAUAUUAGAAAAGCUUUCCAUGAGUUGGUGAAGAAGUACCAUCCAGAUACAAAUAAGAACAAUCCUUCUGCAAAAAGAAAAUUUCAAGAGAUAAGAGAUGCUUAUGAGACUUUGAGAGACUCUGAGAAAAGAGCACAGUAUGAUAUGAGCCUAAACUUAGGUUCGGGUUAUGCAAGGCAAAAUUCUGGAGGCAGGGGUCCGGAGAAUGUACAUUAUGAUUUUGCUGAUGCCGAGGCGUUUAGACAUGCUUAUAAAACCCACUUCUCAGAUUCAUUCCAUAAAAUAUUUUCUGAGAUAUUUCAAGAUGAAGUGGAAAAUUUUGCGGAUGAUAUUCAGGUUGAGCUCUCACUUUCAUUUUCUGAGGCAGCAAAAGGUUGCACAAAGCAGCUGUCUUUUGAUGCAUAUAUUCCCUGUGAAUCCUGCCAUGGACGUGGCCAUCCUAUUGAUGCAAAGGCUAGAAUUUGUCCUACUUGUGGCGGGAUUGGGAGGGUAACUAUUCCUCCAUUUUCAUCAACCUGCAGCUCUUGUAAGGGGUCAGGAAGAGUAAUUACAGAAAAAUGUGAGAAUUGCUACGGACAUGGGGUGCUUGAAGGUGUUAAGGAAGUUAACGUUACAAUACCAGCUGGUGUGGAUUCUGGUGACACUAUCAACAUCCCUAAAGGUGGUAACUCCGGGGGACUAGGAGCAACAUCUGGAAAUUUGUACAUAAGAUUAAAGGUUGAAGAUGACCCUGAUUUUAGUAGAAAUGGUUCAGAUCUUCAUGUGGAUGCUAAUAUAAGCUUUAUACAGGCUAUGCUUGGUGGUAAAGUUGAGGUGCCAACUCUAGCAGGAAAAAUUUCAUUGGAUAUACCCAAGGGAGUUCAGCCAGGACAGGUUCUGGUGCUACGAGGGAAAGGACUGCCAAAGCAUGGUUUAUUUGUCAAUCGUGGUGAUCAACAUGUUCGCUUCUGCAUAAACUUCCCUAAGAAGGUAAAUGAACGCCAAAGAGCUAUACUGGAGGAGUUUGAGGAGGAGGAAAUUACUCGUGAAGAACGUUCUUCUGAAGAAAGUUGGUGGAAGCAAAUUCUUGAUUAUGGAAAUAGGCCGAAAUUAAUGCUUGAGUUGUCGGUGCUCCUGCUGAUUCUUUUACUCAUGAAGAAUAUCAUUCUUUGAGGUUAUGUUGGACAAUCCUCCCUGCUGAUUGUUACCUCGUUGUCUUCAUUAUUUCAAACUGCGGGAAUGUCGAUUGGAGGUAUUUCUACUUCUCUUUUGCUGAGUUUGCAUUACUCUUCUGGUCUGACUCUGAAGUUCAUGCUGCUGCAAUCGGGGCUACAAAAUACUUGUGUAUAGAAAUUUUGACAUUCUUUAUAGAAUAAAAAAAAACUUACAAUACUAAUAGUUGCUCUGCACUAAGUCACUGCCCCUUAUUGUUCAAAAAAAAAGAAGAAAAAGUCACUGCCCCUAUUGUGUUUGUUGGAGCCCCAGUAAACUGCCCAUUUUUUUACAUACAGGAAGUUCUCUGUUAUACUGUCCGUAAUCAGUGUUAUAGCAACUGAUCAACGUGUAGUUGUGUAUGCUUGACGAUACUCCUGAUUAAUAGAAACCCUGUUCGUUUCUAAUUGUUGUAGUUAUAUUGUGCGACACGUAUCAGCAUUUUGUAACAUUAGUCUCUGUCUCUCUGAAUUGGUGAUCAUAUAGUUUGGACUGGUUGUUUGCAU